UGGUUACCGCCUUUUCAAGGGCACGAACAAACAAGGAGAACAUCCGAGAUUGUGCGGAAGAAAGCAAACCAUGAGCACUUGAGCAGUAGUAAUCUAAUCUAAUAGUAGUAUCAGCAAAUGCUACUCAAGCCUAAUCUCUGUGCGUCGCUACGCUGCGCUCUAUGCUCAUCUUCCCCUUCACGUACUGUACAGAUAUGUGCCUUUUCUUCAUCUUCUUCUUCCUGCCAAUACAAACUAUGUUCUGGCCUGCAAAGUUGGAGAGAAUGCUCACUGAACGAAAACCGAAAAUGGGGAUCCAAAGGUCCAGAACCACCACCACCACCAUCCAUCGAAACCGACCACGACCCAACGGCAUCGGCCUCGUCUCUGGCCGAGCUCGGAACCCUUGUUCUCUCCACCGGAGACCCCCUUGCCAAGUCGAAGCUCUCCCAUAUCGCCUACUCGAGAUGGCGCUCUGGGAAUCUCCCGCUUGGAGUUUCUACACCGCCCGACCGACCUGCUCGUCCACCUAAACCCUAUCUGGUGUCCCCAAAGGAGAUUCCCUCUCCCAAGGACUCGGGCUUGCCACUUAAUGCUUAUAUGCUGCACAAUCUCGCGCAUGUGGAGCUAAAUGCCAUUGAUUUGGCAUGGGAUACGGUUGUCCGGUUUUCUCGUUAUGGUGACGUACUUGGGGAGGGAUUUUUUGACGAUUUUGCUCAUGUUGCCGACGACGAGAGUCGCCAUUUUGCUUGGUGUUCGCAGAGGCUGGCUGAGCUUGGAUUCAGUUAUGGAGAUAUGCCUGCUCAUAAUUUGCUCUGGAGGGAGUGUGAGAAAUCAUCAGGGAAUGUCGCUGCACGUCUGGUAGCCAUUCCACUAGUUCAGGAGGCUAGAGGGCUUGAUGCUGGGCCUCGUCUUGUGCAAAAGUUGGUAGGUUUUGGAGAUAAUAGGACAUCAAAAAUUGUGGCCAGGAUUGCUGAUGAGGAAGUUGCACACGUGGCAGUUGGUGUGUUCUGGUUCAUCUCAGUCUGCCAGAAAAUGGGUUGCACACCUUGCACCACUUUUAAAGAGUUAAUAAAGGAGUAUAAUGUGGAAUUGAAGGGCCCCUUCAAUUAUUCUGCUCGAGAUGAAGCUGGAAUUCCUCGUAACUGGUAUGAUGGAUCAUCUGCAGAAAAUCAUGACGAGAAUGAACAGCUUUCUGAGGUCUAUGAGAGGCUUGCUUGCAUCAUCUCUAUGGAGAAAGAGAACUCCAAUUUGAAUGGUGACCCAUGAAGAAUUUCUGGCUUACCUGAAGAUACACAUAAGAUCCGUCUUCCUGCAAAUAAAGUGAUUUGGAUUUUGGAAUGAAUUUUCCAGCUUGAUUGUAUGGUGUAAAUCUGGGUUUUAUGUGCGGCUCUGCUGGCACCAGAACUAAUCUGGAGAUCUACCAUUCCCUGCUGGAGUGCUGAUAUUAUUAGUUCAUUGAUAACCUAUGAAACCAAGAGCACUGGUCUAAGUUCCGUUCUCAUGUAACCGAGAACUAUAGCUGUGUUGGUCUGUUAUAUAGGUGACCACUGUUCUGGAUGAAUAGUGCCUUUUUUAGCAGUUGUGCUUGUGGUCCACCAAUCAUUAUGCAGAGAUUUUUUUUUUUUUUUUUUGUUAAUGAAAUGAAAGGAUCCACUAGAAACAUCAAGGAUACAAAAGGAGCCCCCUUUUACAGAAAGGAGAAGAUGACCUUGGGGGGUAAGUUCAGACAAAAAGGAUGAGUUCUAUUUACAUUUGCCCUCUUAGCUAGAUUAUAGGCAUUAGUAACAUCAUUCCUACAAACAUAGAGCAGAUUUAUGUCAUCAAAAAAAGAAGAUACUUGAUAUGGUCCAGAAGUGUAUCCAUUCCAUCUAAUGUUUUUGUGGUUCCUUCCCUUUAUCUUCAUCAAAAUAUCUUUAGCAUCA